CUUCUUUCUUUCUAAGCUUCAUAUCCAAUUUUUCAACUGAUGGCAGCAACAAAAUCUUAGAGAAAGCUUUGCUGUGAGGUGAGGAGUUUGAAAAUGAGCACAGCAAGGUUCAUCAAGUGUGUUACAGUGGGAGAUGGAGCCGUGGGAAAGACCUGUAUGCUCAUCUCUUACACCAGCAAUACAUUUCCCACGGACUAUGUGCCAACAGUUUUUGACAACUUCAGUGCAAAUGUGGUGGUUGAUGGCAGCACAGUUAACCUGGGAUUAUGGGAUACUGCUGGACAAGAGGAUUACAAUAGGCUUAGGCCUUUGAGCUACAGAGGAGCUGAUGUGUUUUUGCUGGCAUUUUCCCUACUUAGCAGAGCCAGCUAUGAAAAUAUCUCUAAAAAGUGGAUUCCUGAACUGAGACACUAUGCCCCAACUGUGCCAAUUGUCCUUGUGGGAACCAAACUUGACUUGAGGGAAGAUAGGCAGUAUUUUAUUGAUCAUCCUGGAGCAACACCUAUAACUACUGCACAGGGAGAAGAGCUGAAGAAGGCAAUUGGUGCUGCUGUGUACAUAGAAUGCAGCUCAAAGACUCAGCAGAAUGUGAAGGCUGUGUUUGAUGCUGCAAUCAAGGUUGUUUUGCAGCCACCAAAACCAAAGAAAAAACGAAAGAAGAGCAGAACAUGCGUUUUCCUUUAAUUCGUGUUCACGUUUGGUUCGCAUCCUGUAACAUUCGUAACCU